GACGCAACAGCAGGGCCCGAGAGGCAAUGACUCGGACUGGAAGUGUUCACGGCCUGUAGAGGGCGGGUAUGCGUGAGACGCGGUAAGUGGUCGACGUCACCGUCGGCUUCGCAGGCGGGUGGCGGGCCAGUUGAGCGACAGUUGGGAGCGGACGACGGCGGGACGGAGGAUGUGACUGAUGCGGUCCUCGUCGCGCCGCCGUCCCCGCCACACGCGCGCUUCUGCACUCGACGUCGCCACCACUCCUCACCACACUGCCUGUCGACACCCGCCACGGCGUGCGCGGGAGGGCGUGGGCCUUAUAUUGGCAGCAGUGACCUCCUCCUCCCUCUUAUGCUGGCAGUCUACCGCAUCCGUCCGACCGGUCAAGUUCACGCGUCAGCGGUCUCCCCUCUGCUCCGUUCUCUCUGCUCUUGGGCUUCCGUUUGGGACGAGGGGCGUAGGAUCGGUGCUGGCACUAGUACAGGAUAUAACCACGACGACACCUCCUUCCGCCAACUGGUACAUAGCGAUCCGCGUCCUCGCGUCCUUCCCGACCAGCUUGUUGCUGAACGUGCGUCAAACCAUCCUGUCUUGGCGUCGUAGGACGCUCUCUUCCGAGCUCUCUGAGAAGGUUCCUUCGCUCAAUGGAUGUCACGUACAUCUCUUCGGACUAAGACUACGGUACGAGUGUACCUGCUGAAGAAAGCUGAAGCAAGAUGGUAGACUCGAGCUUCCCGUCGGGCACACCUGGACACAGAACGGGUAACGGUG